AUGCUUGCGAAACCAAGACUUCAUCACGAGAUCGUUCAGCAGGCGUACGACCCCUGUAUCAUUUCUACGGAAUCCGGGAAGGCUCAAUUCAUAUCUUGCGAGCCUCAGAAGCCAGAUGAGAAGCUUCCCAAGCUUGAGGACUGCGUCAUUAUCGACAACCGCCGCCCGGUCACUGGAACAAGGGGCUUCGACCGCGAAAUCCCGCUUUCCGGAGCGCUGCGAGUGUAUUUGGUAUCGUCAUAUUCGGUGGGCUCACAAGACUCACUGAGUCUGGGUAAGUAUGCUCUGUGCCCCCUAUUGAGUAUCACGGAAUGGAAACCAGUCACCGGAUCGAUACCUCCCUUGUCUGACGAAGACUGGGAGUCGGAGUUUGCAAAAUACCGCGCGUCCCCUGAGUUUCAACUGCUGAACCCUCAUAUGAAUCUCUCGGAGUUCAAAUCGAUCUAUUACAUGGAAUGGAUACACCGUCUCUGGGGCAGAUUCGUGGGCUUGUCCUUCGUCAUACCGGCCGUCUAUUUUGUGGCCAAGAAAAAAGUUUCGAAGCCAAUGGCUUGGCGGCUGGCUGGUAUUGCUGGUCUGAUCGGGUUCCAGGGAUUCAUCGGAUGGUGGAUGGUGAAAUCUGGCCUGAAAGAUGACCUUUUUGCUCCUGGAAGCCAUCCAAGAGUGAGUCAAUAUCGGUUAACGGCUCAUCUAGCGGCAGCCUUCACAUGCUACGUAGCCAUGCUCUGGAACGGCCUUGCAAUUCUGAGAUCUCAUCGGCUUCUUGCUGACCCGGAGGCCGGCAUUAACCUUCUCAAUUCGUUGCAAAAUCCGAAACUCAAGAUCUUCCGCCGAUCUGUUGCGGUCCUGGGUCUGUUGGUCUUCACCACUGCUAUGUCGGGCGCCCUUGUUGCUGGCCUCGAUGCGGGUCUUAUCUAUAACGAAUUCCCGACCAUGGGCAAUGGUCUCACUCCUCCGAAAUCCGAGUUGUUUGACGAACGGUAUUCGCGUAAACCGGACAAAUCUGACCUCUGGUGGAGGAAUAUGCUGGAGAACCCAUCAUUGGUGCAAUUGGACCAUCGCAUCCUGGCUAUGACUACCUUCACGAGUGUCAUGGCUCUUUGGGCGUAUACACGAGGUUCGCCGACGAUGAGACGCUUGCUACCUCCGGCGGCCAAGAAGGGCGUCCACGGCGUUGUCGCUUUCACAUUUGUUCAAGUAGCCCUGGGUAUCUCGACCUUGCUAUAUCUGGUUCCUACACACCUCGCAUCUACUCACCAGGCUGGGAGCCUUUUCCUUCUGACUUGGGUCCUUGUCCUCGGGAGCAGAGUCUGGCAUCCAUCAAGGACCGCUAAAUUAUUGCAGAUGGCCGUAAAGGCUAGGAACCAGUCAGUUUCGGCAUCCGCCCUGAAUGCGACGAGCAAAUUAUAA